GUCAGGGCCGCGCCGCGGAGAUGGCGGCUCAGAAGAUAAACGAGGGGCUGGAGCACCUGGCCAAAGCAGAGAAAUACCUGAAAACUGGUUUUUUAAAAUGGAAGCCAGAUUAUGACAGUGCUGCUUCUGAGUAUGGAAAAGCAGCUGUUGCUUUUAAAAAUGCCAAACAGUUUGAACAAGCAAAAGACGCCUGCCUGAGAGAAGCUGUUGCCCACGAGAAUAACAGGGCUCUUUUUCACGCUGCCAAAGCUUAUGAACAAGCCGGCAUGAUGCUGAAGGAGAUGCAGAAACUCCCGGAGGCUGUUCAGCUGAUUGAGAAAGCUAGCAUGAUGUACCUGGAGAACGGCACCCCGGACACAGCAGCCAUGGCCUUGGAGCGGGCCGGAAAGCUUAUAGAAAAUGUGGAUCCAGAAAAGGCUGUGCAGUUAUAUCAGCAGACAGCUAAUGUGUUUGAAAAUGAAGAACGCUUACGACAGGCAGUUGAAUUACUAGGAAAGGCCUCCAGGCUGCUGGUGCGAGGGCGCAGGUUUGAUGAGGCGGCAGUCUCUAUUCAGAAAGAAAAAAAUAUUUAUAAGGAAAUUGAGAAUUAUCCAACUUGUUAUAAGAAAACAAUUGCCCAAGUCUUAGUGCAUCUGCACAGAAACGACUACGUGGCUGCAGAGCGCUGCGUCCGGGAGAGCUACAGCAUCCCUGGCUUCAAUGGCAGUGAGGACUGCACCGCCCUAGAGCAGCUGCUCGAGGGCUACGACCAGCAGGACCAGGACCAGGUGGCCGAGGUCUGCAACUCGCCCCUGUUCAAGUACAUGGACAACGACUACGCGAAGCUGGGCCUGAGCCUGCUGGUCCCAGGAGGGGGAGUCAAGAAGAAGGCGGCGGCCCCACCGCAGGCCACGCCCAAAGGCCCCGCCGCCCCCGCCGCUGAGGACGAGGAGGAUGAGUAUGCAGGGGGGCUGUGCUAG